CGCAAAAACACGUGCAAUACAGCUGCACCCUACAUCUGCUUGGAGCCUUAGUUGCGGUUGCUAGGGGACGCAUUACGCCACUGCGCAAGUCCGGAAGUAAGGUCAUCGACCCCACCCCCUAAGGCUAGCAGCAACAACAACAACAACAGCGGAUUCACAGGUGAGGAGAGUGAAGUCACGUCUGCCAGGAAAUAAUGGCCGAGGUUGUGCCUGUAGAUGCGCAGCCAGAACCGGCCCAGACGCCGGUUCAAACAGCGCCAGGAACUGAGCCAGGCCCAUUGCAGAUCAGGAACAUGGAGGAACAAGAUGUCGACUUUGUGGGACGAAUGCUGGUGGAAACUUUCAGCGACAAAUUUGAACAUGCGGUUGGCAAGAGUCGGAUGGAGGGUGCAGUCCAGCAGAACACCAAGAUGUACGGCAGGUCAAAAGACGUGUGGCACCGAUAUCUCGUAGCCGUCUAUGAAGGCAGGCCGGCAGGUGUGAUGGCACUCAAGUUCCACGGAGAGACGACUGAGGUGGAUUUCCAGUGUGGGGAGGCCUGCUCGUAUCUUGGGUGUUGCGGCACUUGUGGGCUCUUCUGGCUUGGCGCUUACACGGAAAAUGUGAACAUUCGUGUGGGGCAGUGCUACCUGGACCACAUUGGCGUGGAUGCAGACUUUCGCGGAAAAGGCAUCGGCAAAAUACUGCUGGACAGGGCAGACUUUGAGGCCAGGCAACGGGAAUGCAAGUCAAUAUUCCUGUGGGUGAAACAGAGUAACCGUGCAGUCCGCCUGUACGAACGACAGGGCUACGUCGUCACCCAUCCUUUUGGUGGCUGCUUCUCAAGGUGUACGACUGGCAGCAGUGAGUGGUACAACAUGGAGAAGCAACUGUAAAGUUAUUUCCCAAGACAUAACAUUCCAACCACAUAUCAAGUUACCACAGCAUAUCAUUAGUUACAACUGUUAUGCAUAUCAAGUUUUCAUUGUGUCUCCAUGUUGUGGUGAUCACACGUGUUUACUGAACCAAGGAAGAUACAGUUUUGUGAUGCAUAUAUUCGCAUAUUUCUCUGAUGUAUGUUAUGUUCUCAGUGCCAAUUUGCUGUUUUCACAACAGAUUCUUAUUUGACAAUGGAACAGAGUUUGCCCGGACUUCUGGGCAUGUUAUUGAUAAAUGUGCCAAGGUGUGGCAUGUGUAUUGAAAAAUCUGUCAUUUUUCUAUGGAGAUUUGUAACAGUGGGGUUCAAGUGCCACCAACUGAACCCAAUGGCCAUGAAUGUGUACAGUAUUUCAAGUGAUAGCUAUUAAAGAUCAUUCAAAGUUGGUGAAACAAUUUGAUAAUAUCUAAAGAUAAAUCCUAUCAUGAUAUUAAAGGCUGAUUUGAUUUGUAUUCACCUUUGUGAAAUAUGAAUGAUGUAUUAUUUCUAAUGUAAUGGUAUAUUGUAAAUAUUUGAUGGAUGUGUACAUUUCUAUGUUGUUUCUAUUCUGUAACUUUUGCCAAUGGAUUUUCUUUAAUAAAACCCCAGUUAUCUGCACUUUCACUCAUAAUGGCAAAUAUGGGCUUGGAAGAAAACUUUAAUGCUGUAUAUUAUUCUAUGUAACAUUUGUAUACUGUAACUUUUGUCAAUGGAUUUUCUUUAAUAAAGCCUCAAUAAAAUA